AUUCUCGAUAUUAAAUAUGCCACAAUGCAACGAUACAUUUCUCUACAUUUACAAUGGCCCAAAUGAUACCUCUCCUUUACUUGGUAAAUAUUGUGGUGAAAAUGCAACUGCAGGAAUGGAAAUACGUUCUUCAUCAAACCAUUUAUUAAUUGUGGGUAAUUCUGGUAGCUAUGGGUCACAUCCAAAAAGUGUGUUUGCCUUUCGUGGACAAUACAGUGCUCAACGUUUGUUUGAAGACUGCCAUCGUGACGUCAUUGCCAGUUCUGGAACCAUAAAAUCGCCAGUUGAUAGUCCUGUUGGUUAUCCUCGUCGCUAUAAUUGUUCUUGGUUAAUAACUGUUGAUGUGGAUGACACAAUUGCUUUGAAUAUUACUACUUUAAAUAUUGGGAAUGACGUUCUCACUAUUUACGAUGGAAUGAACUCCAGUGCGCAUGUCCUGGGAAGAUUUUUUCGUCACAGCAAAAACGUCUAUAACAACAUUACAAUGCUGUCAUCGACCAACAAUAUUUAUAUUUUAUUACAAUAUGAAAAGUUUUCAAAUUUAAGUGAAUCAGGUUUUGUUCUGGAGUACAGGAGUCAACGAAUACCAACAGAACCAUUACCGUCACCAAAAUUUCCAUCUGAUGAGUCAACAGUUGCAGGUGUUAUUUCAAAAUUUCCAUCUGUGGUUGUUGUGUUUGCCAUUAUUAUUAUUCUUGUUGUUGUUGUUUGCUCCUGUAAAUUAAAACAAAAUAAGAUAUUAUGUUUUACGAGAUUAUUAUUAUCUAUGGCAUAAAGCUUGUGU